AAGUAUAAUGUGACAGAGUUUUUGAAAAUGGAUUUAAAUCGUGAUUCUAAUGAUAUGGAAUAUACUAUAGUAAAAUGGUGGUAUACCUGUUACUAACUGUAAGGUUCAACCAAUCAAACGGCUAAAUUUUCCUUAAAAUAUCAUAGUUCAUGUUAUCACAGUGGAGUACUGUCCAACAACUUGAACUGAACAACUGAAGUUAACAUUGAACUAUUGGAGUGCUUCGGUGCGUGUACUGUGUGCUGUCUAGUGAAGUAUUCUCGAUUUAAAUAUUUAAUAUUCAUAUUGGACAGUUAAGUUGUAAUAGACUACUAUAUGAAUGAAACUAUGAAAGAUAUAAUAUAUAUAUUUUCCUAUAGUCAGUGGUUGUGAUGCCAUAAGUUAAAUUAUAAUAUUUUAUAAGUGACAUUAAACACUGUGCAGUUUUAACCCAAUCGGCUGUUAGUUUUUACUCGAUAAUUGUUGAAUUUGUUGUUCAUAAUAUUUUUAUUUGUCAUUUUUAAAAUGGACCAAGAAAAUCACGGUGUUAUAUAUAUUGAAAAUUGGAAUGAUUUAUGUCGGCUGUGUCUACGCAAUGAACAAUCGUUGCAAAAUUUAUUCUUUGAAGAAACUCUAUUGGAAAAUAUUCAAGAAGUUACAAACCUUCACUUUAAUGUUGAGGAUUCUUUACCUAAUUCUAUAUGCAAAAUUUGCAUUGAACAAGUUAAUUCAUUUGUUGAAUUUCGAGUACGAUGUAAAGCUACAGACGAAUGGUUACGAAACGAAGCUGUGAUUUUGGAUAAUGAUAACAAGGAUAAUAUCGAAAUUGUAGAAGUAGUGGACAUCUGGAACGACGGUACUUCAUUGGAAAAGAAAGAAACCAUAAUUUCUCAAUUAUGUAUAGAAAAUACUGAUGAUAAAUUUUGUUUGUGUGAAGAUUGUGGGGAAUGUUUUGAAACAACUAAACAACUUGCUUUACAUACUAAAACACAUUCUUCUGACCAUGUUAAAUGCAAUUUAUGUAAUGAAGUUUUAGAUAACUAUAGUAAAUUUGAUAAUUCAUUAUUAAAAGAUGAAAUUAACCUAUGUAAAAAGUGUAAAAAUAUGAAUAAUAUUGAUAAUUUAGAAGUUAAAAAUUCUUAUAAAGAAAUUGAAGGAGGUUUUUUAUGUGAAAAAUGCCAAAAGGUUUUCAAAACACUGGCUGGUAUGUUAUCACAUUUAAGAAAUUAUGAAAAAAAAUUAGAAAUAGGUUCCUUGUCUUAUCAGUGUCAUUUUUGUGAGGAAGUUUUUGCAACAAUUCAGCAAGUUUGGAUACAUAUGAAAACUCAUGCACCUGGUGAGAAGAUAAAAUGUCGUCAUUGUGAAAAAUGUUUCAAAUCAUACUUGACACUUGUACGCCAUGAAAACAAACAUGAAGGUACCUUAAAUUAUGUAUGUUCAUAUUGUGGAAGAGCUUUUGUUACACCAUAUGGUCGUGAUAGACAUGAAAUGACCCAUAAUGCAGCCAAAGACGUGCAAUGUGAAAAAUGUACAAUGACGUUUUACACCAGAGCUGAAUAUAAUAGACACAUGAGAUACCAUGACAAUGUUAGGAACUUUUUAUGUUCGUUUUGUGGUAAACGAUUUUUUGAAAGUGCUCAUAAGACAAUUCAUGAACGUGCCCAUACUGGCGAAAGACCAUUUGCUUGUAAUUUUUGUGGAAAAAAAUUUAUGUCUAAACAAAAAGCACGUCGACAUCAAGCUAUUCACUCAAGGCAUAAAAAUAAAAAAUAACUAAAUAACUAAGUUUUUUAAUUUAUUUAAUUACUUGAAUUCUUUUUAAUAUAUUAUGUUUGUUCCUAUAAUAUAAUUUUUAUGUUACCGAAUAAUACUUUUCAUCCCUAGGUAUUUUGUAUUAUUUGUAUUUUAUUAUGAUUCUGAAUCUAUAUACUGUUAAUAUAACAUAAUGUUUUAUAAUGUUACUUUUUUCAUCUUUGUUUUGUAUUUGUAUUUUACUUUGAAAUUUAUCAAUAAAAUCUGGUAUAGAGUUUAGCAGUGUGACUAUUUAUUAAAACUAGCUAAGAAAAUAUCAUUCUAUAAUAAAAUGUUAUUAAAAUAAUAUUUUUAAGUUUUUAAAUGUAACUUAAUAUCUUAAUAC